GUGGGUAUCAGCAUAACAUUAGCAUCGCUUCUUAUUGAAACCUGGAAUCGUGCAUCCCAUAAGAGUUUGCUAAACGGAAGGAUGUCGUUUUUAAAGGGCCUCGUGAACAUCAUUAAUGUGGUCGACAAGGCGACGAACGACGAAUUCGAGGUAACGAGGGAGGGUCGAAGAUUCAAGAUACUGGUUCAUGGUCGCUUUCAUCACCCGUCCGAACCCUGGGUUUACGACGUCACCGCCACCGAUGUGAUCACGGGAACAUCGGAGAAAAUCAGGCACUUUGACAGGAAAGAAGACGGCGUGAACGAGGCCACCAACGCCGUCCUCCACGCUUUGAGAGAGAAAGGCGUGGUAGGAGGUGUUCCCAUGGUUACCACAGAGGACCGUGGACAGAUAGCGCUCGCCUCACGGAGUGAAGGCAUUAACCAAGCCUUGCUGAAAAUGCUAGCCAAGCAGGGCUUCAUGUCUGAGCCGAACCCACCGGCCCCUCAUGAACCCAGAUCACCACCUCCAGCAUAUCAACAUGAACCCAGAUCGCCACCUCCAGCAUAUCAGAUCAUCCAAUCAACAUCACCCAAUCAGCCAAGUGAAACAGCCUGCCCUCAAGUGAAUCCUGUUAGUUCUCAGACGUCUCAGAAAGUUCCCCUUACUGCCCAUCAAGUCGGGGAAGCACCAGCAGUAUUUCAGUAUGGCAUAGAACCUGAUGUAGAUGGCUUGUACACUUCUGUUCUGAUUCCUCCCGCCCACCCUGAUCAGGCGCUGCUCGAUCCCAGAUCUACAUACGUCACAUGGGAAUCACCAAGAAAAGGACUCGUCUACAUCUUAAACAACAGCCACUUUCCCUACCUGCCUGAUAGGUCGAAGUUGAGGCGAGGGUCAGAUGUCGAUCUCCAGAACGUCAAACAUGUAUUUUCCCAGCUCGGCUUCGAACCACUGGUUCAUCAAAAUCUCACCAGGGUGGAGAUUCUCAGUACACUUGACGAGACUGUUAAUCGGAUCAACGCAGAGGGCGACGCUCACAGUUCAUUCUGCUUGUUCUUCAUGAGUCAUGGCAAUUGGGAAGGCGUCUCGGGUACGGAUGCACGCCCUGCAGACCAUCGUAUCGUCACCAGGGACGAGAUAAAGGCCAAGCUUACUGGUCGAAGAUGUAAAGCUCUUCUUGGGAAACCGAAGCUUAUUUUCAUCCAAGCUUGCAGAGGAAAUGCAUUUACUCGUAAUGCUGAUGAGCUUGACGCCAUCGGGAAGUCAACGACAGAGGUCCAGGACGAAGAACCUCACUUCGAGAUGGACUACGUAUCAGCGACACAACCACUGCGGAGCAAGGAACAACCUUUCGAAGUGGAUUUCGUACCACGGGUCACUCCGACUCCGUCACCUGCCAUCGAGCUAGAUUCCCUGGACAGUCCUUUCGGUACAGUCCACUUGGAUGUUGAUGGGGGCGGAGAGCUGCCUAAUAACUCUGAUAUAUUUGUGGCCAAUGCAACCUCGAACGGGUACUACUCAAUCAGGAUGCGGAGGGAAGGGUCAUGGUUUAUUCAAGCCAUCUCAGAGGUCUUUCUAGCGCAUGCACACGAAGAUGAUCUUAAUGAACUAAUGAGGAAGGUGACCUGCCUUGUGACCGAGAGCUACCGGUCACAGUUCUCGGAUGAGGUGACGAAUCGUCCUUUUGAGGUGCGUCAGACUCCCGCAUACGAGUGUCAAGGGAUGCGAAGACGAUUUUACUUUCUGCCCAAGUAUCCAUAACAUAGCAGCGUCAUCCUUUUUAAACUUGCACACGAGGCUGCUGACGUAGAGCUGCGUCAGGUCAGAGAUUGGUGCGACCUUUGUGUGAGAGUAAAAUCAAACAUAAGUGAAAUAAUAAUGAACAUCGCAAAUAAUUGACUUGCAAUACUGGCGUAUGCGCUAAUUGCCGUCAUUGUGGCUAGAUUGGCGCAGGAAAUAACCCAAUCGAAAUGACGCCUUGUGUACAAUGGGCAUUUACAGGAGAUAAAACAAAUAACCGUGUUCCUCUUGAAACAAAAUGACAAAUGGUGUUUCAGUGCUGAUUUGGAAAUAUAUAAUAAUAAUAAUAAUCCGUUUUUUUAUAUGGCGCUCAAUCCACCGAUCCAACGAUGUGCCUAAGAUCUUUACAGAUAUAUAUUUGUUUCUAGUAAUUCUGAGGCUCAUGCUUGAUAACUCGUCUACGCUCAACUGCCACGAUGUAACUAUAACAAAAUUACCGUGUUCAUCUUGAAACAAAUUACAUUGUCGUAGCUACAGGGGAUGGGGGACGUGCCCCUCCCGAAAUAAAUGGCGAACAGUUAUAUCUAAAAAAUAAAGGUAAAGGUGGAAAUGAGAUGAAAGAACUCACUCCUAUAAUCGACGGCUCUGAAAAUGGGCAAUCUUAAGACGGCACUAUCACAAAAAUAUAAAAGAAAAACGAACAAACUAAAACUGAAAGUAUAACCCCAUGCACAACUGGAAAGCAUAAUGCUUUUGGAGAGAUGAUGACGAAUGAAGUAUAGAUAAAUGAUAAUUUAAUUUGAAAGUUAUAGGCAUCUUUUCCAUUCUGAAGUAUAUGUUGAUCAUUAUCAUGAUUAAUACAAUUUUCUACGCUGUAUGAUGUUUUGUACUUUGUUGUAUGAAACUAAUGAUAUUUGUGUUGGGUUAUGGAUUUGGUUUUGUUUCCUAGUUUUUUUUUAUCACUAUUUUGUAAAUUUGUUAUUUGUGCUAUGGGUUCACCCGUAAACCUGUAGCCGCUUGCUUUACAGGGUACAGCUUCAUACUUAAUUUCUCGAUAUGUUCAAAGAUUUCAUGAAAGAAAGAAAUUGAAUGGAAAUGUCUCUCUUUCCACUUUCCCCAAUCUUUCUUCUCCGUUCACCCCUCAAAGGCUCAAACUGUCACAAAUGCAUUUAUGUGGACGAGUUGACUUUAAAGUAUUAACUUAUAUAUAAUUACCCCUAUUACAAUAAUGGUUCUCUGUCUGUAUCUGUUAUAGCUGUGAUAUCUCCUUGGUUUAAGUCCGUUUGUAAGAAAAUUAUGUUUUCAAGGACUAUACAUAAUUAUAUUUGUAUACGUAAUAUUUUUUCCGUUUCUACAUACGUUAUACUAUUUAAUGUUACAGUAUUUGCAAUAAUCGCUCAUAUUUCCCGUUUCUACACAGGGUAUACUAUUUAAUGUUAUUGGUAAUAAAUAAUAAUGUAAA